UGGAGGAAAACAAUGGAUUAUGCUGAAGUGAAUUGUGUUUUCAAGGUGAAUGGUAAUUGCCAGUGUUGCAAAAUGAUGACAACAGAGCUACUUGGUUCAGUUUGUGGAACCUACAAUUUUGAUAUCAAUGCUGAGGAAGGGUUGGCUAGAUUGCAAGCAAUAGUUGAACCUAAUUAUUUUAUGAAAGCGUUGUCUAGAACCGGGCCUCAUGCCGAGCCGAAAUAUGUGAAGAUUAACCAUCCCAGGGCCCGCCAGAGCCACUAUUAUGACUACGAUAUGUACAACAAUGGGUACUCUAGCUAUAGUCGGGCUCUGCCCGAUUACUCUUAUAAUUACAUGACGGAACCUGUAUAUCCAUACUAUCCCAGUUCAAUCACAUAUUAUCCCAUGUCUGGCCUACCACGACCAAGGAGACGUGGACCGUUUCAGUAUUAGAGAAUGCUGUGAUCGCGUGUGAUAUUUUUGAUAUUAGAAUUUCAAUUUGAAUUAAGUGCUCUAG